UAUUAAAUAUCUAUAUUGUCACAACUCAAGAGCCUCGAGAAAAGAAAGUGUAGAAGUGCAUGUCAUGAAUCAGAUGUACAAAACAAAAGUGCGGGGGGUCAAGAAUAUCGCGUCACAAUUAGAAAAAAACAUAUAUAUUGAAAAAUACUGGUCCACAACCUAUGGGUACGGCACUUGACCCAGCCCAGUCCAACUUACCGUGUCCAACUCAAAGACUACUUUGAAUUGUUAGGUAGAAAAUCACGCCUUCACGAUUCUCUCCUCCAUUUUUUCAAAACCUGACUGCCUCAUUCACGCCUCUCUCAAUCCCAUCUGAACAAACUAAAGCUCGAAAUUCUCCCUGUUCUCUCUAUCUGCUCAGCUGUGCUUGAUCCAAGGCUUAAAUCACCUCUCAAACUCGGCACUAUAGCAGAUUCAUUCAUGUUGGAGUUGCCUAGAUUUGGUUCAGCCAAGAAAGAAACUAAUCGACAAGACGAUGAAACAUAUAAGCAGUACUACAAACUCAACAGGGAAGAUUCAGCUGACACAGAGAGAACAAAAGAAGUUGAACCCACCUUCCCUUCACUGGAUAAAAUGAUGGAACAGAGUAUAGGAACUUUUGGGUUGGCACAGUUGGUUCAAGCAGUUCUUGUGGCUUUUUCAUCAUUCUUUGAUUCACAACAAACGUUUAUCAGCAUUUUCACUGAUGCCCACCCGAAAUGGCACUGCACGAAUGAUUCAAUAUGCAACUCAGACUCUAAUAUUUGCCAACUCCCCAAGUCUGCUUGGGCUUGGGAUGGACCCUCAACAAUGGUAUCUGAAUGGGACUUAGGGUGCGCCGGUUCAUUCAUCACAGGACUUCCAGCUUCAGCUUACUUUAUGGGUAGCCUACUUGGGGGGUUCUUUCUAGCCACAAUAGCUGAUUCAUCAAUUGGUCGCAAGAAGUUUCUUUUCCUAUCAUGUUUAGCAAUGGCUGUCACUACUGCUCUCACUGCCUUUUCGACCAACAUAUGGGUUUAUUCGGUUUUGAGAUUCAUUUCUGGUGUUGGUCGGGUGCCAAUCGGGACAUGUAACAUCGUAUUGUUAACAGAGAAGGUUGGAAAAGAAUGGCGUGGACGAGUAGGAGUCAUGGAAGAACUGCUUUUCACAUUAGGGUUCUUGUCCUUGCCAGGCGUUGCAUACAUAAAUAGAGGUUCUUCUUGGAGAUCACUUUAUUUAUGGACUUCCAUUCCAACACUUAUAUACUGUUUGAUAAUUCAAUUUUUUGUGAGCGAAUCUCCUAGGUGGCUUUUCACGGAAGGACGGUAUGAAGAAGCAAUCAAGGUACUUAAAACCAUUUCUCCUUCCAUGGACAAUCCAAUGCUAAGCCUCUACCCAUUAGACAAUCGUGUACUCACACGAAAGACUUCAAAUACUAAUCCUAGUUCCAUGAUCAGAAAAUUGUUUAAGAAAAAAUGGGCUUUGCAGAGAAUUGUGGCACUUCUAAUACCAGGUUUCUGUAUCGGGUUGGGAUAUUUUGGUAUGGCUUUGGGGCUUGGAAACCUAGACAUGAAUCUCUACUUGAGUGUAACAUAUAACGCGGCAUUGGAGAUACCUUCAAGUUUUCUCACAUUCUUGAUGAUUGAGAAGUGGAGUAGAAAAGGUUCACUAUUUACACUUUGUUUCCUAAGUGGGAUAUCUGGUAUAAUGACAACAGUAGCAGGAAACGGAGCGAUACAGAUGGGAUUAGAAUUGGUAUCCUUCUUCUGUGCAUGCACUGCAUACAAUGUAAUAUUAAUAUACACAGUAGAAUUGUUCCCAACUUGCGUGAGAAACUUUGCAAUGACAGCAGUAAGGCAAACCCUUAUAUUUGGUGCCAUGUUCGGGCCAGUGUUGGUUGCUUCCUGGAGGAAUAAUGAAUUGCUAUCAUAUAGAGUGUUUGGGGCUCUACUAUUGUUUUCCGGGUUCUUUAUAGUGAGGUUGCCUGAGACAAAAGGCAUGUCCCUGGCUGAUACCUUGGAUGAGCAGGAGCAUAAUGAUAAUAUGGUUGUUUAAAUUUUCAGUAACAUUCACAUAAUAAGGUCAUUGGUUCAAUUUUUAAAGUUCUGUUUUGUUU